AUGGUGUUCGCUUUACCCCCAAUAGGAACUGUUUUCAAGCAGAGGUUCACCCCAAGUGAUCAAUUGAGAGCUCUAUCGUCAUUGGCGAAGUUGGCAAAAGACCCACUGGCACCUCCUCUGAGAAUACGAUGGUUUUACGCAACUGAUAUUCCUGAGUCGAUGCCACCUUACUUCAAGUAUACAAAAGUCGGAGAGCCAAAGAAGUUCUCUGCAUUCUCAGAAGCCGAUUCCAACAGGCUGGAAAAAGAGUACCAGAGGCUUUUGAAUAAGGAGCCUUUCAGAAAUAUUAUUUCGGUCAAUGAAGAUCUGCUAUUUGAAGUGGACUUGGAGAGUAGAACGAUGUAUCCUGUUUACUGGGAAGGUGCGGUUUACCAGGUUAGAAGAGGAGGUUGGUUCACCACUGAGGCUCAGCCUGUUCCGGAAGAGCUGGCCGAUAAACUGGAGCGAGGCUACUGUGUCAUGAGACCAUACGAAAGUGAAGAUGAUAUCGAGAAGGUGAACCCACUGUCGAAGAAGAACGUAGCAGAUGAUGUCUAUGAAUUGCCCGGUGGUCGCAAGGUGUUGUACGCUGAUUCGUCAUACGCCUAUGUCUUGGAUGAAGGGUACGGUGGAAUGAUGCAACUGAACUUCUUGAAGGCUGUUAAAUCGCUGCCAGCAAUUGGUGCACAACUGCUGAAGAGAGGAUUUGGUACACCAGAAGCUGAAAAGGAGAAGGAUGGAGAUGAACAGCCCGAUGAGUUUGGCCUUGCAAGCUUCGAUGUGAUUGCAGAUCUCUUCAAUACAGGCAAAUCCGUCAACGAAGUUGAUACAUCUAAGGCCUUGGAAUUAGAGAUGAAGGAUUAUAAAUCUGAUGACGAAGAUGGAGCUAUGAGCGACACUGAUGAUGAGCAGCCACAGGAAAGACAGAUAGAUCAUCUUAUCUUCUGUGUCCAUGGUAUUGGUCAGAUGCUGGGGACAAAAUAUCAGAACGUGAACUUUGUUCAUACAGUGAACAUCAUGAGAAAGAAUUUGAAGAAAGUGUACUCGCAGAGUAACGAAAUGCAAGAGUGUGUGGGUGAUCCAACCAACUGUCGUGUUCAAGUACUGCCAAUAUCAUGGCGUCAAAAGCUGAGCUUCAACAACGACGAUGAUGUGUCCGAGACGUUGCCUUCGCUGAAUGAUAUCACAGUGUCUGAACUCAGACCAAUGAGGAACAUGAUGGGCUCUGUAUUGUUUGACAUUCUGUUAUACUAUGAGCCUCAAUAUCUGUCACAGAUAUAUCAUCAGGUUAUCUACGAGUCCAAUAGGCAAUACGACAUUUUCAAGAAGAGGCACCCAGACUUCAAAGGGAAGGUGUCAAUCAUUGGACACUCUCUGGGCUCCUGUAUCGCGUUAGACAUUCUCACUAAACAGCCAGAUAUCCCGGACCCUUCAGACCCAGACCAGCUCCACUUCAAGGUUGAGAACUAUUUUGCCAUUGGAUCACCAGCAGGCCUGUUCAACCUGUUGAAGGGCUACAACAUUGGACCACGCUCCACUCUGGGGCAAUCAACAGAUAAAGUCCUGACGCUGGCGUGCAAUAACUACUACAACAUAUUCCAUCCCUGUGAUCCAGUUGGGUACAGGGUUGAGCCUUUGGUUAUGAAGGAGAUGAAAAAAUAUGAGGCCGAGUCUAUACCCUUCAUGAUUGAAGACUUCAACAAGCAAUUGUCAACUUUGGCCCAAUUCUCAGAUAACUUCAGAACAAAGGUCAUGGCAACUGCUGCUGAUUCUUGGUCCUCUCAAUGGAGUAGCUACAUGGGACAACGCAAGGAUCAACAGCAACAAGCGGACGUCACCAAGGAAGCUGUGAAGAAGGCCACCGGUGAGGUUGUGGAGAUGACACCUGAACAAUUGAAGGUAUUCACAGCUUUGAACUACAACGGUAGAGUCGACUUUGCCCUACAGCAGGGCUAUCUAGAUUUCUCCAUAGUGUCUGGUCUAACUGCUCAUGUCAGUUACUUUGAAGAUGAGAACGUGGCCGCGUUCAUCCUCAAAGAGGCUAUGGCACCACAUGAGCUCGUCAAGGAGAAGAAGAUGAAAACAUUGAUCCUAGACGAAACCGAUUGA